ACAGCAGAUGAGCCGAGUAGGAACUUAUUACACAUCCUAAACACUGAGCUGAGAGGACAGACGCCAUGACCAGGUUUGCGAUAAUAGUCUGCGUUUCGAUGAUAAUUGGCACCGCAGCAAAGCCAUACGGACCCUCGGAUAGGAAGGUAGAAGUGGAGCCUCCAGAGAACAAAGCUGAUGCUCCGUAUCACAUUGACCCCAACAUGAAGAUUUGGAUGACAGGUCAGGUCCAGAGCCUGGCCUCGCAUCCUGUUCCUUUAAGCGAAGACGCAAGGCUUUAUCUAGAACCAGAGGAGGAUAGAGAUCACAUCAAUCACCCUGCUUUCAUUAACAUAGCCCCAGAGCAAGCAGAGCCGGUCUGGGAUGGCGUCUACCAUAAAGCACGUUAUCAGCUGGACCCACUGAUCGCUGAGGCAGAGCCGCGCGCUGCACACUCAGCACCGGAGGCGGACAAGGACGACCUGUAUCACCGUGACGACCAGCUCUACCUGCAGCCAGCUCCACCUGUGCAGAUGGAGCCGCCGAGAGGCGAAGCCAGGCGUCACCUUCAGCCAGAGGAGGACAAGGACGCUCUGUACCACAGAGACGUCCCCGAGCUCGAGCCCCAGGACGAGCCCAAAGCUGACGGUGUGCUUUUUUCAGCAUCCCAGAGGAAGUACAGUGAACCAGAAGAGGAUCGGGACGGUCUCUACCACCAGUGAUGCUUCGACCACACAACCAUGCUGUCGUUUACAGUGAAGCUGAAUUACAUUGUUUUAUUUGAAACUCAAAUAAAUCUGUCA